AUGAAGUAGCUACAAUAUAAAGUCCAUUCUGCAUCCACACUGUAAUCCUGUGGAGAGUAUAAUACUUGUAUUAUUGAAAUACUUUCAUCAGGCCUGGCUGGAGGUAACGAGCAGGACUGCAGAUGGCACACAAACGGUGAGGAAGGACCAGUCCGAGAAACAGGAGAGACAGAAACAAUGCAGCAGAGCCCGGAGCUGUCGGCGUGGUUCCGGCUGGAUUCGUUUUGCAGGCUGUUUGGGAACACUUAAAACGGGCGCAGAGAUCGACACAAGAAUGUGCCGUUUUCAGAGGGGCGGAGACAAGCUUGCCUUGCAUCCAUAGCGAGUCGAGCGGCGCACGGGCACAGCCUCACUGUGGGCUGCCGUAGAGAGACUAUAGCCUAAGUUUACAAUAGGAACCAAUAAGAUCCUCUCGGUUCUUCUGGGCCACAAUGGGUGGAUGUUUUUUCGGCCGCAGAGAGGAGUCACACAGCCCCCGGUAAGCAUUGUUUCGGUGCUGCUGAACUAACCAGAAUCGUCCACGGUGAAGUGACACUAGGAUUCGUACUAGUGGCCCGCUAACAUAGUUAGAAGUGCGGCUCUUUAGAGAGAGACGCAACAUUGCAACCAGGAGGAAACAGCGCAGGGUUACAUAAAACGGACCCCAGCCUGGUUUUUGCAGCGCGCAAUAUUGAAAGCGCACCCGUCGCGGCUGUUUCCCCCCGUAGGGUGGCCAUGAAGAGUGGACUGCCUGGCUUCUUUUCUCCAUCCACUUCCAGCCUGCAUGGAACAAAGUGUGCUUUUCUGAAACACAACCUGCGCUCGUGAGGUGGAUCCAGGCGGUUUGUCAGCGUGUGUUUGUGUGUCGUAACGUUGCCAGUCGAGAGUCCAGCUUCCCCCGACAGUCAUCAUGAGGACCACCGAGGAGGCAGAGGGCUUUGACGGCGAGGCCUCCAACACUUCUAUGAUCUCCGGGGCCAACAGUCCGUAUCAACCCACCACCGAGCCCGUCCAUUCGAGGAACGUGUUGGGGGGGAUACGGUGCGACAUGGAGUACCUAAAGUCAUACUUUGGGAUUUUAAAGAUGGUUGAAGUGGUCCUAUCACUCAUCGGAUUCAUCUGCAUAGAGACUAUCAUGAUGUGUUCUCCCUGUGGAGGAGUGUACUUCUUUGAGUUUGUCAGCUGCAGUGAUGUCGUGGUGACAGGAGUCCUCCUCCUCAUCUUCAGCCUCAACCUGCACACCAAGGUGCCCCACGUCAACUGGAGCCUCACGGAUCUGGUUAACACGGCUGCCAGCACCUUCUUUUUCUUCUUGUCGUCUCUUGUGUUGGCCUGCAUCAACCAUAACACUGGAGCUGAAAUAGCAGCAGUGAUCUUUGGCUUCCUCGUGACAGGUGUGUAUGGUAUAAACACCUUCCUGGCGGUGCGGAGGUGGCGCCGUGGCAAUGGGUGUCAGGGGGCGGCUCAGACCAGCGAGUACAUGCGAGCGCGCACAGCAUCUCGUGGAGAAAUGGAGGCAAGACCUGAGCUUGCGUGAGAGCUGGCAGACAAUCGGACUAAAUGAAAUUAUUUCAUUCAAGUCUUGAGUGGAAGGGCCAUCUCAAGAUCACCACAUGCUUGUGACUUCUCCUGACAAACACCUCGGCUGUGCUUUCUGCCUGCCCAGCCACUGAAUGAAUCUUCACGUCAACGUCACAGUCUGAGGCUUUGUUUUUCAGGCACCCUGUUUUCAGUGACACAUAAAUACUCUGAAGUGAAGAGCUCCGGACAGAAUUGAAGGUAUUCUCUGUUUCACCCACAUGUCUUUCUAAGUCGGUAUGAAGGAUAACUUCCACGAGGAGCCAAAAGAAGAAGAAGAAGAAGAAGAAAAGACUGACUUCACUCCAACCGUGCACUAACUAGGUGUUGACUUUUCAUAAAUUUUUGUGUUUCACUGUGAAAGAAGUCGAGUUAAAGAAGGUCAACUUUUGUACAGUCUGCUUAUUUCCCACCGCUGGCUGUGAAGCCUGUGGUAAUAAAUGUGACCGUGGGUUCAGGAAACCACUGGACCAGAAACAUACAGUUAGCCUGCAGCACAACAGAAGCACCAUAACUUUACUGUCCUUUCUUAGAUACUGACAUCAGCCUUUGGUUUCUACCUGUGAGCAAGGCUGUAGAUAUUUUCAUCUAAAGAAUACACAUGCUGAUGUUUGUUUCUCUUUCGUCUUGACUAACUUUACAAAUGCCUUUAACAUGUGACCUUUAGCCGCUAGUAAGAUCUCUCCUUCCAGCAGUUAUACAGUAACAGAACAAGGUCAUUCUUAACUGCAAUAAAGACGGGGCAGCACAACAAAAGUUCAACUUUUUGAAAUGAGUGAAAAAGAUCUACUUACCAAAAUAAAAGUACCUUAUUCCAUCUAUUUGAUCCCCAAAAUAUUCACACUAGCAUUCCUAAAAUGAGGGCAACACUGUGAGCCAGGAGUGAUGAAGCUAUUGGUAGCUCGUUACUUUUGCACAUAUCCACAGCUUCAGGUAACGGAAAUGUUGACGGUGCAUCAGUGAGAUUCAUUUUGAAAUCAGUAGGUGACCUGGUGACCAGUGCCCUACCCCGAAUGGACUGUUUCUCAGGUAUCGACACACUCCUUCCGUCUUUGAAACGUAAAAAAAAGAUUUGAAAUGAAAUCCCAGGGUGCCUCGAACUGAACGUUGUAUUUCGUAAUGCUUUUCUAAUUAUUAGACAUGACAGGACUAUCAUAAAGAAUGAAAAUUACUGUAACUGAUACUUUCAUUAAGUGAAGGUAGAGAUGGUCGGAUGAAAAUGCAGUACUUUUAGCAUUAUUGUCUCAGCUUUUAUUAAAAUGUGUGCAUAUAUCUACAGUAUAUUAUCACACUUCAUGUAUUAUGAAAUUACUAUCAUUCCACAUUGCAGCUAUUAUAAAGCGCAAAACAGAUUCUAUUUGUUUUUCUGUUCCCCGAACAGAAAAAAAUGCUUUAUCUUGAAAAUUCACAUUUGUUUUUGAAGAAGGAAGAAAUGUAAACUGAAUUUUUGGUGUCUGAUAUCGUUUGAACGCAUUGAAUUCACACUACAGUUACAGGUGUGCGGUUUAUUUGUUGUAUAAGACGUCUAAAUAUAAUCAGGCUGAGGUGAGUUUGUGCUGGGUCUAAGUUGACUCUAUGGCGCCACCUCCUGGUCGUCAUCUAAAAUGUAUUCCUUGUGACUUCAGGCGACUGUUGCAGUACAGCCAGAUAAGUGCGUUGUGUGUGAGCGCGUCUGUGCGCAUGCGCAAAUGUGCAAGAGAAGGACUAGAAAUGUGUUUGACUGUGGGUUAAAAUGAAAAUAAAAACUGUAUGGCUUCUUAAA